AUUUAUUUUUUUUAUUGGUUGCUUUUUGACUUUUGCCGUCUUUGGCAAACUUUUUGUGUGGCGCGUUCGCGUGCAGUGUUAAUUAAUUGGUCGAUACAACGUUCAAGAGGACGAAGAAGACGAACAACAACAUCAAUCCGCAAAACCAAAAAGUGCGUAAAAAGCUUGGCAAGUGCCGCCCACAACAGAGACAAAAGAGAGCAGGAGAUAAGCAAACAAGAAUCCAAGCAGCGACGCUGACGUUGCAUUGUGAGAGAGGAGCAGCGAAGCUGGCUCUGAUAGCAACAUCAAUAAGAAAACCAUGUCAACAGAUAAUCCCACACAGCUGCUAACGACGCACGAUUUGAGCCACUUGCGAGGCCAACUACAGACGGCGGCAGCAACCAGCGCCGUGGUGGCAGCAGCAGCAGCUGCUGCACACGGAUACCACAGCGUGGCAGGCACAGCGGCCGCAGCGCCGCCAACAAACGGACACGGACACGGACACGGGCACGGGCUGGGACUUGGAUUGGGACUGGGUGUGGGACACGGACACGGACACGGACACGCCCACAGCCAUAGCCAUAGUCACACGCACGGUCACGCCCACAUGAAUUCGAACUCAAAGUACCUGCUGCUGCGGCACAAUGGCGGCAGCUUUACCGCCUACGAGAAUGCCACGCAGGCGGGCAAUGCGUCAGCGGCGGCAGCAGCAGCAGCUGCUGCUGCUGGCAAUAUUGUGGUGCUGGCCACGGAGCCGUUGGAGCUGAGUGCGGCGGAUGCUUUGGGCGCGCCCGGUGCGCCGGCCGAUGAUGAUGAGCUGCGUCCUUUGUCCUGGCUGAAUGAGAGCAAUCUGAUCAAAGGUAUUGGGACCACACCGGCAACAACAACAACAGCAGCAACAACGGCAGUGAAACGCAGUGUUGCUGCCGUGGCGCUGAAAUCGUCGCCAACAACAACAGCAACAGCGACCACAACAACAACAGCAGGAGGAGGAGGCGGAGGCGGAGGCGGAGGUGGUGGUGCAACAGCUGCCACCGCCGAGCCGUACAACAUUUGCCUAGUGAACGACAUAAUCGAGGAGCUGUCGCAUAGCGAUGCCAUCGAAUCGCAGUCACCACCCGCCGUCUACAGCACCACAACGGUGCACAAGGGACCCAGCGGCACCACCACCGUGGUGGAGUACAAAGCGGCCAGCAGCAAACCGAAUGCUACAGCAGCGGGAGCAACAGUCACAGCUGCCUUCAUGCCGCGUGUUGCUGGCAACAGCUUCAUGCCGGCAGCAACAGUUGCCGCUGUCAAGCAGCAGCAGCAGCAGCCGCAGAUCUUUGUCAGCAGCAAUGGCACGACUCCAACGGCUAGCUACAAGUCCAGUGGCAACACCACAACGCAUCAUCCGCACAAGAAAUAUCUGCGUGAGAAGAUGAAUGUGCAUGUGGAUCACAACAGCAACAACAACAACAGCAACAGCAACAGCAACAUCACCACUAGCACCACCGUCGUCAGCAACAACAAUAUCAGCCAUGUGGUGGCUUCAACGGUCACGGUGGUCAGCUCGCCCGCCUCCUCAAACAACUCGACGCUCAGCUCAUGCUCCGCCUCGGGCUCCUCGACGGCGGCCGUCAAUGGGGGCAACAGUCCAGUGCCGAAGUCGAACAGCUUCAAUGCAGUAUUCGAUGCCGUCAACUACUCAGCGCCCAAUAGCAGCAGCAGCAACAGCAGCAGCCACAACAACAACAACAGUAACACCACCACCACCACCGCCACAGCCACCGUCGCCAGCAAUAGCAACAACACCAGCGAACAACAACAACAACAACACACAACACCACCAACGGUGGUUAGCACCACAACGUUGCCGCCCGGCUACAGUUUUGUUACCGCUCCACAUGUUAUCUCACAACAACCCGCCAAUAUUUCCUCACCGGAGACGCCGCCAGGUGCGGCUCUGUUGCCACCUGGCACCUACUACAGUGCGGUGCAGCCGCGCACGGGUGUGUUGCAGUUGUCGGUGACGCCACCGCCGCCAUCGAUGACGCCGACGGCGGUGCACAAUGGUUCUGGUUCCGGGCCCGGGCCCGGUUCCGGUUCCGUUUCGGCUGGUUCCGCUUCCGGCAUUGCCAAUCUGCGCAGCCCCAACAGCUAUGCCAGCUACGAGAACGAGGACUCGCUCAAGGAGUUCGACAUCAGCCUGGGCAGCGGGGCGCGUAUCCACACGAGCACGCCCCAAUAUCAAUCAAUGUCCAAAAAUAGCAAUAAUAAUAACAACAAUAACAAUAGCAACAACAAUCCAUCCGCAUAUGGCAACAACAACAACAACAAUAGCAACAGCAACACACCCCAAAAGCAGAAGCAUCCCAACAAUGUGCCAUAUGAUCCGUACGUGCAUACCAACAAUAAGCCGCCAUAUAGUUUUAGUUCCUUGAUCUUUAUGGCCAUUGAGGACUCGAAUGAGAAGGCUCUGCCCGUUAAAGAGAUUUAUGCGUGGAUCGUGCAGCAUUUUCCCUACUUCAAGUCAGCGCCGAACGGCUGGAAGAACAGCGUCCGUCACAAUCUCUCGCUGAACAAGAGUUUCGUCAAGGUGGAGAAGGCGCCCAAUAUGGGCAAGGGCUCGCUGUGGCGCGUCGAGCCCCAGCAGCGACCAAAUCUCAUGCAGGCGCUCAAUCGUUCGCCCUACUUCCCCAACUCGGCCGUCGACAAGAUAAGUCCAAUGCUCAAGAGUCCCAAUGCGGGCAAUGCUGGCAUUGGCAAUGGUAACGGCAACGGUAACGGUAAUGGUAACGGCGCAGGCAAUGGCGCUGGCAGCAUUGCUAGCUACGAUAGCUUGGAUGGCACUGCGAGUGGGCCAGCGGCGUCUGCUACGCCCGCCAAGAACGGCAUUGUCGGCCAUGCUGUCACGUCGAAUGGGGGCGCGGCUGGAACGCCUACUACAACGGGCGGCGGCAAUCAUCCUCGCUUCGAUCCGAAGCUAUUUCCCAAUCUGUCCAAGGCAUUUCGCAAUAUCGAGGAGCCGCAGUAUAUGCCGGCCGAUGCUGUGGAAGAAGAGCUGCCGGGCGACUAUGUGUCCAAUACCAGUAGCAGCAACAACAACAACAACAAUAAUAAUAAUAACAACAACAACAACAACAACAAGUACAACUAUGCGAAUGGAACUGGUAAUGUGACAGUGGCAGCAACGGCUGGACCUGGAGCUGGAGCUGCAGCUGGAGCUGGUACCGUUUGUGCCUUAAACUUCGAGCGGCUGGCACGGGACUGCGGCGCCGAUAGCAUCGAUGAUGUCCAUGCGGCAGCGGCGAUGCUGUUCCUAAAGCACGGCUCGAAGGCCUUUCUCGAAAGCUUUCAGAACGGCGCUCCAGUGAUAACUAGUUCUCCCAGCGAGGAUCACACCUAUUCGGCGGGCGGCAACAGCAAUGCGGAUAGCGGCGCUUCCACGCCCUUGAUCAAUGGCACUGGCAAUGGCCCAAAUGCACAGCAGACGCAGCCGAGUGUUGGCCAUGGCGGCGACAGCAAUUGCGCCAGCUCUGAUGCGGCCUACGACAGCAGCGAGGAGAAUCAUAAUAUUACGCCCGAGGAGCUGGCCGAUCAGCAGCGUCAUCGUGACGGCGUGGACGCUCUGCUCUCGCUGUCGCGCUCAUCGAUAGUGGAGUGCGGCUCGUCGACGACCACAAGCCACUAUCACAGCAACGGCAGCAGCGGCAGCAGCCACGGCUCGCCGCACAAGCGUGCCUCCAGCCGCAGCAUCGAGGAGGAGAAAUGGCAGCAUCUCGACCUGCAAUAUCAGCAGCAGCAGCAGCCGCAUACCAAUGCCGUCUACACGAAUGGCAGCGGCAGCAAAAUGGCAUUGCUCAGCAGUGCUGCGGCCAAUCAGCAGCAGCAGCAGCAGCGGCCCCUCUACGAUGAGCUGUACAGUGCGAACGUGGUGACGGGCAGCAAUGCGUCUUCCAAUUUGUAUUGGAGCGGCGGAGGUGCUGCGCCUGGGAAUGGGCCAUCGAUGCUAUCGAUAAGCGCCGCCAUGGUCAACACCGUGCCAGCCAAGAGCAAAGCCAAGCCGCUGCGUGGUGUGCGCACCAAGAGCAAGCGAAAGUCCAACUGGAUGCGGUGA